AGCCUUCAACAUGGGAUUCGGCGAACUGCUGAGAGAUAACCAAAUCGGUAUGGUGUACUUGGUGGGUGCACCUAUCUUCAUAUCCCUGAUGAUCGUUCACUUCUACUACUGCUGGCUCAGUGUCCGCGAGUGCCGCCGUUCCAGGGGCCGAAAGGCCCUGCCCUCCGAAGCCCGCGAGGCCAUACUCCAAGUGGAGGUCUAUUGAUAAACGGCUUGGAUGUGAAUCACUCAGAAAAUUGUAGUUAUCGGUCCGGAUGGAAAGUGCUCAUUGUAUAUAUUAAUAUGUACGCCAAGAAUUUAAUACGCUUAUCAAUUAGAAAUUCUUAGUAUUAUUUAUUGCAAUGUUUAAAUUAAUAAUAAGCUAUGGAACGCAAAGUAAACAAAAAAUAUAUUUAUUUACGCCCAUUUAGUUUCUGUAACAUACCAUAGACACAUAAUACAUUAAUCUGUAAAGAUUUAUACAAUUUUAAAGUUACUAAAUAUUUGGAAACAUUUGAAAAGCUGGAAAGACAAUAAUCGAUUGUGAGAUACGUAUUAUACAUAGAUAUGUAUCUUUAAUUUUGAAAUAUGAAUCAUUAAUUUUCUCUACUCUCCUGAUUCCAAGUAAAUUGUCUGCUUUAAAUGGAGACCCAAGCGAAUUUUUUCCAUGGCCGAGUAAUAAAAUGUUUGAUGAGUUUCCGGCGACCACCUUAAAAUAGAGCUUAAAGUGGGUACGUGAUGUCUGUCUGUUCAUAUAUGGGUACAUAAUACAUAUACAUAUAUGAACUUCUAUCUGUGUGUGUGUGGGUGUUCGUAUCCGUAUGUUGUUGGUUUGCUUACGGCGGGGUCAUAAAUUUGGCCAAAAACUUGGCUAUGCAUCUUCGCUGACGUUUCCUUUCACGACCUGCAAAAUUUAGCGCUGCACGGCGGUUUUUGAUGGCCCUCAGCGGCAGGACGAGAUGCGCUAAUAAAUGACAUUUUCAUACACCUGACGGAGAGGUAAACUUCCGAGAGACGAGAGACGAGAGACUCGAGUCCAAGGUAAUAAGCAAAAUUAAAUUGAACUGGCUGCCACAAGCCCGAGUAAAAAGUGAACUUUAAUGAGCGGAAAUGAGUAAUAAUAAAUGGCAAUUUAUUUAUUUA